AUGGCGGAAAGUGGAGCGAUGGAGCUGGAUAUUCAGCGUUCUGACAUCGUGAAGCUGCUCAAUUUCGCACUCCGGAAAGGUGACACAUGGUACUUAGUUGCUAGUUGCUGGUUCAAACAGUGGAAAAAAUAUGUUGGCUUUGACAAUUGGGAUAAAUACCAGAUGGGAGAUCAAAACGUAUAUCCGGGGCCGAUUGAUAACUCUGUACUUCUCAAAGAUGGCGAUGCCCGGUCACUUAAGAAACAUCUUAUUGAUGAAUUGGAUUACGUAUUAUUACCAACCAAGGGCUGGAAUAAGCUUGUUAGCUGGUACACUUUGAUGGAAGGCCAAGAACCAAUAGCACGAAAGGUGGUUGAACACGGUAUGUUUAUAAAGCACUGCAAAGUAGAAGUGUAUCUCACAGAACUGAAACUUUGUGAAUAUGGCAACAUGAAUGAUGUUGUAACUAGAAGAUUUAGCAAAGCUGACACAAUAGAUACAGUUGAAAGGGAAAUAAGAAAAACCUUCAAUAUUCCAGAUGAAAAGCAGAUUAGAUUGUGGAACAAAUACAUGAGUGAUACAUUUGAGCCACUGAAUAAACCAGAUGGCACUAUUCAGGAUAAUGGUUUAUACCAAGAACAGGUGUUAGUGAUAGAACAGAAAAAUGUAGACGGAACUUGGCCAAGGGAUCCUUCUACUCCUAAUGUGAAAAACUCAAAGUAUUCUCAUCCAUCAUAUACUGCUUAUAAGAAAUCUGAUUAUUCAGAACCUGGAAGAAAUAAUGAACAGCCAGGUCUCUGUGGCCUAAGUAACUUGGGAAAUACUUGUUUCAUGAACUCAGCUAUUCAGUGUUUGAGCAACAUACCUUCACUUACUGAAUAUUUCCUCAGUGAUAAGUAUCAGGAAGAGCUGAAUUUUGAUAAUCCCUUAGGAAUGGGAGGUGAAAUAGCUAAAUCUUAUGCUGAACUUAUUAAGCAAAUAUGGUCUGGAAAAUUUAGCUCCGUCAAGCCAACUGCCUUUAAGACAAAAGUAGGACGUUUUGCACCGCAGUUCUCUGGAUACCAGCAGCAGGACUGUCAAGAAUUGUUAGCUUUCCUAAUAGAUGGUCUACAUGAGGAUUUGAAUAGGAUUAAGAAAAAAACAUACAUACAAUUAAAGGAUGCUGAUGGUAGGCCAGAUAAGGUGGUUGCUGAAGAAACCUGGGAAAAUCACUUAAAAAGAAAUGACUCUAUCAUAGUAGAUCUAUUUCAUGGCCUUUUCAAAUCAACUUUAGUAUGUUCUGAGUGUUCAAAGAUGUCAGUAACAUUUGAUCCCUUUUGUUACUUGACACUUCCAUUAUCGAUGAAGAAAGAACAUUCAGUAAAUGUUUACUUAGUUAGAAUGGAUCCAUUUACCAAACCUAUGCAGUACAAAGUGGUUGUCCCCCAGACUGGAAACAUACAAGAUCUUUGUACAGCAUUGUCUACUUUGUCAGGUGUACUUGAAGAUACGAUGAUAGUUACUGCUAUAUACAGUCAUAGAUUUCACAGAAUAUUUACUGUGGAUGAAAAUCUUAGCAGUAUUAUGGAACGAGAUGAUAUUUAUGUGUUUGAAAUUAACAUCAAUAUGACAGAAGAUACAAAGCAUGCGAUUAUUCCUGUUUGCCUAAGAGAAAAAAUUAGACAUUCAAGUUCCACAAACCGUACUCGUUAUUCAUAUUUUGGGCAGCCUUUUCUUAUGGCAGUACCACGAGAUAAUACUGAAGAUGAACUCUAUAAUAUCCUUCUUUUGAGAAUGUGGCGAUAUGUCAAAAUAUACACUGAAACUGAAGAAACUGAAGGAUCCCUACACUGCUGCAAGGACCAAAGCAGAGGGAAUGGCUCAACUGGCAUACAUGAAGAAGGCUCACCAAGUGAAAUGGAAACCAAUAAGCCUGAUGAUGAAUCCAGCCAAGAUCAAGAACUUCUCUCUGAGAAUGAAAACAGGCAAUCUGAAGAUUCAGUUGGAGGAGACAGUGAUUCGGAAAAUGGAUUAGGUACUGAGGAGACUUGCAAAGGUCAACUCACGGGACAUAAAAAAAGAUUGUUUACAUUCCAGUUCAACAACUUACUCAAUACUAAUAUUAACAUCAAAGAUGACACCAGGCAUAUAAGAUUUGAUGAUAGGCAGCUAGAGCUAGAUAAAAGAUCUUUUCUUGCAUUGGAUUGGGAUCCUGAUUUGAAAAAAAGACACUUUAAUGAAAAUGCUGCUGAAGAGUUUGAGAAACAUGAAAGUAUGGAAAAUAAACCUCCAAAAAAAUCUUUUGUGGAAUUAAAAGAUUGCAUUGAACUUUUUACAACAAAGGAAAUGCUAGGUGCUGAAAAUCAUUGGUAUUGUUCAAAUUGUAAAGAAAAUCAGCAAGUCACAAAGAAAUUAGAUUUAUGGUCACUGCCUCCAGUACUUGUGAUACAUCUCAAACGAUUUUCUUACAGUGAACACACGAGAGAAAAAUUGGAUAUCUUAGUUGAUUUUCCUAAAAGUGACUUGGAUAUGUCAGAAUUCCUAAUUAGUCCAAAUGCAGGUCCUUGCCGCUAUAAUUUGAUUGCUGUUUCCAACCACUAUGGAGUGAUAGGAGGAGGACAUUAUACUGCUUUUGCAAAAAAUAAAGAUGAUGGGAAAUGGUACUACUUUGAUGACACUAAUGUCUCCACAGCAUCCGAAGAUAAAAUUGUGUCCAAAGCAGCGUACCUGCUCUUCUACCAGAGACAAGACACUUUCAGCGGAACUGACUUUUCCCCUCUUGAUCGUGAAACUAAAGAUGCUUCUGAUGCCACAUGCAUCCUAACAGAAAGGGAUGAAGAUAGCAAUGAUAAUGACACUGAUAGAGAAAAUGAAAACUGUAUGCACACUGACUAA